AUGCCUGAUCAGUUUCCUAUCCAGCCCAUUGGACGGUUCUAUGCUGCAAGCCAGCCGGUCAAACGACCCAAGGAGUUUGCUUGCUUCUCAUACGACGAUAACCAUGACUUCCAUCUAGGCGACUCUUCUGUGAGGUACUAUUAUACACCAGCCCUAGGCACCGACCUAUCCAAAGGCUACGACAGCUUCAUCAAGCACGAUGACUCGAAACCUGAGCACCUCGGGGCCUUACUCAAGACCAUCAAGGCUCAUGAAGAAGAGAAAGGAGAGAAAAUCGAUGCGCAGAUUGUGACAUGGCGUGGCAUGAUGACCAAAAUUAUGGCGUCACCUUUUGAGGACCGUGAUGGAUUUGAAAUGAACGCAACGCUGUACCAAGACUGCAUAUUCAUUGAAGAGAACCACGAGUACAAGGUCGCGUCCCAAAAGCAACAGAAUGCGCAACAGCGACGGGGACCGAUCCCUCCGGAAGUGAUGCAAUUCUGGGGCUACAAGUUUGAGACCUUGGCGACGCUCCCUGCCCCUUGGGGCGAUACUUCCAGAGAAUACAUCGACAACAGGGAUGAGGAGGUGGUGAACAACAAAGCCCAGUACUGCUCCGUUGUCCGGACGGGUAUCGGGCCAACCGUCAUCUGCAUAGGUGGCGAAGUCGACGCCGUUUGGGACUCGAAGCCCUCGAAGCCCGGCGCUCCCACGAACUGGGUUGAGCUCAAGACGAGCCUCGCCAUCCGCGAUGACCGCGACGUCGACAACUUCCACCGCAAGCUCAUGAAGUUCUGGAUCCAGUCGUUCCUCCUCGGCGUCCCCAAGAUCAUCGUCGGCUUCCGCAACCGCCAGGGCAUUCUCACAGGCCUCGAGGAGAUCGAGACGGAGAAGAUCCCGGAGACGGUGCAGCGUCGCGGCAAGGCGACGUGGAACGCCGACAUGUGUGUCAACUUUGCCGCCGACUUUCUCGUUUGGUUACGGCAGACCAUCAACGACGACGGUGUGUGGAGAAUACGCAGACGGGCUGGGGAGCCGACUAUUGAGGUGUUCAAAAUCGACGAGGCCGGGCACGGUGAGCUCUUGACGGACGACUUCAUCAACUGGAGGAUCAAGCUCUCGAUGAAGAGCACGGCCCUGGAGCCGGAGCCGGAGCAGGAGCCGGGGUCGGAACCAUAG